UCAACAGACGCGAGGCCCAUCAUUACAAGAGAUCUUCGUUUAGCGAGGGCGGCCGGUUCUGCCCUUUUUUUUACAUCAUGACCCCUCAAGACUGUAUUCAGCAUUUCGUAACCGAACAUCCCAUCGAAGCGGCGAAGCUACUUGGCGGAAUAACCGUCACCGCUGCCCCUGUGGCCGUUGCCGUUCCCUUGUUGGGCGCACUUGGCUUUGGAGCUGUUGGUGCAGCAGGCGGCUCUCUGGCUGCAACCAUCCAAGCGAGCAUAGGCCCCGUUGCGGCAAAGAGUCUGUUUGCCAUUUUGCAGAGUGCGGGAGCUGGAGGGAUAGGAAUGGCCGCUGUAAAGACAGCCAUUCUAGCUGCUGGAGGAGCGAUGACUGCAGGGCCCGUACACACGCUUCUGCAAUGCUUGAGCAGCAAUGACACGGCAACGUGACGCUGGAAAGCGAGUUUCAGAUAGAGGAGGGGAGGCGAAAAGAUGAUCAUCUAAGCACGGUACGAGUAUCUCUAUGGUCUUGCUAAAAAGAUAAUUGCAUUAGCUAGUUGUCUAUUCAUGUACGAAUCUUUGCUACCCAACGAGCAUGGACCCUGUAUCUCUCCUCAUCCUCCCUUGCGUCCUGCAAGUGUCUCAUCCGGAGACGAGCUCGUCUCUGGACGCAAUCUCCUGCUUUGUCU